UAUACAUUUUAAACAUUUUUUUGUGUUUUACAAAUCUAGGUAAAAUGCCAUAUGUUAAAUAUGCUGCAACUGUUAAGUUGCAGUUCCAAGAAUUCCCCCGAUAAACAUGAUCAACUGGGAAAUCUGAAACGAAGUUUGCUAACUAGUCCUUAUCUGGGAGAAAAAAAACACCUAAAACAACUGCUUAUAUGCGAUGAAUUAAUUACAUUUUAUUUACAAGGUACUACGUAUUAUCCAAACGAACAAGUGAUAAAGAAAAAGUUUUAAAAGAUAGGAAUCCUUUUUGAAAGUCUCUUGGAGAUAAAGUUCUGUCCGAGCUGCGUUUUCCAGUAAUUAUUUUUCGGCUUCAGUAGAAAGUGCAGAAUCAAAUCAGAUAUUUUACAAAAUCAAGCUGUAAAUCUUACAAAUUAAGGUCACUUUCAUAUGCUCAUGGAAGUGCUUUAAGAAUUAUACGAGCAGACACAGUUCAGCCAAACUGGCCAUUUGCAGACUGAUUACUUCAGUAUAAGAAAAGAACUACUUAUUUAACGCAAUGUAAAGAAACUAUUUUGCCUAUAUUACACGUAAUUAACCGUGUCCCACUCCAUUGACCUCUCUGCCUGUAUUAAAACGGCAGAUCAUUUUCCACGGCCCUGGAAACGCUUUCCCGACUCCAGCAUUGCGACGCUCCUCAAAGCGCUUCCCCUUCCCUCCGCUCGAAGGGCUAGGCUACAUCUUCCUAGACCUCACUUCCGCUUGUGCAGCAGCCAUUUUGUCUUUCCGUUGAUCCGGCUGCCCGAGCUUCUUCCUCCCACCCGUCGCCGAGGACCGCGAAACUCCAGUUCCACCUCCUGGGGCCCGAUUCCUUCUGGACCCGAUGCUUCGGGUUUUUCUUUAUUUUAACCCGUCCCGUGAUCCCCCCUUGCUUUCCCCUUCGCUCGCUCAGAGUGGUCUCCUUUCUAACACCUGUGACAGGAGACACCACCCACCCACGACGCCUGCUUAUCUUCUCCGGAGAGUUCCCUCGUGUCUCCUCCGCUGGGGACCCGAGAGCUCAACCCCCACCCCCCCGAAACAGAGCUGGACCCUCAUCGGACCUUUCAGCGGCUGAAGUGCCCCCCUUCCUCCGCUGACGAGGGGGCGUCUGCCGGCCGCCACUGGCCUCCCCGCCCGCCAUGUCGAGCGAGGAGAGCUACUUGGCCAUCCUGCGCUACUUGACCAACGAGCGCGAGCCUUACGCGCCGGGCACCGAGGGUAACGUCAAGCGCAAGAUCCGCAAGGCCGCCGCCUGCUAUGUGGUGCGCGGCGGGACCCUCUACUACCAGCGCCGGCAGCGGGACCAGCAACGCUUCGCCGAGCUCGAAGUGGUGCUGCAGGCCGAGCGUCGCGGCCGCCUCAUUCGGGCAGCCCACCUGGAAACUGACGGCUCCCACCGGACCCGCUUGCAGACUUGGCAGCGCCUCUCCAGGCGCUAUUGGUGGCGAGGUAUCCUGAAGCAAGUUAAAGAUUAUAUUAAAGAAUGUAGCAAAUGCCAGGAAAAAUUAGAUCGUUCUAGAUCAUUGUCAGACCCUUCGGAAAUGUUGGAAGAGCUAGGAUUGGAUGCAAUUUCUCAUGAAGAUAGUAAUGAAACAGAUGAUGAAAUAAAUAAUUCCACAUCACUGCCAGCAGCAUCCCCAAAACCAGUGAAAAAGAAACCAAUAGCCAAGCAUGAACUUGUAUUUGUUGACAGUAAAGGCCUUGUGAAACAAUCUUCUCCAAAACAUUGUCAAUCAGUUUUGAAUCAGUUGAACCAACAGCGGCUUUCUAGUCAGUUCUGUGAUGUUACCUUACUUAUUGAGGGAGAAGUGUACAAAGCACACAAAUCUAUUUUGGCUGCCAACAGUGAAUACUUCAGAGAACUUUUUAUUGAAAAGGGAGCUGUUUCCAGCCAUGAAGCAGUAGUAGAUCUUUCAGGAUUUCGGAAAGCCAGUUUCCUCCCUUUGCUAGAAUUUGCUUAUACUUCAGAAUUAGUUUUUGAUUUUUGUAACAUGGCCGCUGUAGCUGAGCUAGCUCAGCAUCUUCUCAUGACAGAGGUCCUGGAAAUCUGUGAAAAUGUACACAAACAGAUGGAAGAUAAACAAAUCACCGUAUACCAGAAAGGAGAUGUCCAAAUAGUAGAGGUAGCUCAAACUAUUUCAGAGCAGAAUGAAAGUGAAGCUAAUCCUGUUGCUAGCACUGAGCAAGCAAUAUCUACCGAAGAUCCAGUAGCAACGGUGAAUGGAACAUCUUCAAAUACCGAGGCAGAAGAGAUAACUGUGUCUGAAACUACAUUGCAAAUUGUUUUGGAGCCUUCUGCAAAGAAUCCUCCUGAGCUCCCGGUGCAUACUCCUGCUAUGGAAACAACAGAAAAUGAAGAGAAAGCCCCAGUAAUGGAAUGCUCCACAAAUCAAACUAUAACUGUGGUGCAAACUGAGCCUUCAGUAGCAGAGCAGGUUAUUAGUACUCAGGCUGAAAAUGAGGCUGAUAAAAAUAUAAACGGAGAUCCAUAUGUGAACAGUGAACAUAAUGUGAGCAGCAAAGCAGAUGCAGAAGUUGCUGCUGAGGAUUCCCAGGAAGGGCUUAAGCGAAAACGUGGUCGGCCUUGUAAAAUACAGGACAUUCCACAAUCACAAUCGGAGACCACAGCUUUUAGUCAAGAUGAUACUUACAAAAGCAAGCUUCGCCAGCGAUCUGUUAGUGAGGGUGGCUAUAUUCGACUGCACAAAGGUACUGAGAAAAAACUACAGAACAGAAAGCCAGGCCCCAAAUCAGCUAUCCAGCAGGUUGCUAUGAAGCUAGUGCAAAGAGGCAAGAAGAUGAAGCAACCCAAAAGAGAGAUUAUAGAACACAAUGAGGCAGAAGCUCAGCACAAAUGCAGUGAAUGUGGGAUGAUUUUCCAGAGACGUUAUGCUCUUAUAAUGCACACAUUGAAGCAUGAGAGGACGAAAAAUUAUAAAUGCCCACUAUGCAAAAAAGAGUUUCAGUACGGUGCUUCACUGCGAGCUCAUCUUGUUCGUCAUACCCAGAAAAAUGAAGUGACUGUUGCAACUGCUAAUAUAGAAGAAAGUGGUGCUGCCACGAAGGGAAGAACUAAGCGAGAAUUUAUCUGUGAUAUAUGUGGAAGAAGUUUGCCUAAACUCUAUUCUUUGCGAAUCCAUAUGUUGAAACAUACAGGUGUAAAGCCACAUGCAUGUAAGGUUUGUGGAAAAUCAUUUACCUACAAACAUGGUUUAAAGAUGCACCUUGUAUUACAUGAGGCACAAAAGCAGUUUAAGUGUGAAUUGUGUGACAAGUCCUUUGUCACAAAAAGAAGCCUUCAGGAGCAUAUAAGCAUUCACACAGGAGAAUCAAAAUACUUCUGUCCACACUGUGGAAAAUCUUUUCAUAGAGCUUCAGGACUUAGUAAACACUUAAAGAAACACCAGCCCAAACCUGAAAUCCGUGGCUAUCAAUGCAACCAGUGUGAGAAAAGUUUCUAUGAACCUCGGGAUCUCCGCCAACAUAUGAACAAACAUCUUGGAGUGAAACCUUUUCAAUGUCAAUUUUGUGGGAAAUGCUAUAGUUGGAAGAAAGAUUGGUAUUCUCAUGUAAAAUCACAUUCUGUUACUGAUCCAUACAGAUGCAAUGUGUGCGGCAAAGAGUUCUAUGAAAAAGCUUUGUACAGGAGGCAUGUUAAAAAAGCCACUCAUGGGAAGAAAGGGAGAGCAAAACAAAAUUUGGAGCGUAUUUGUGAACACUGUGGGAGAAAAUUUACCCAGCUUCGGGAGUACAGAAGACAUAUGAACAACCAUGAAGGUGUUAAACCUUUUGAGUGUCUAACUUGUGGUGUUGCUUGGGCUGAUGCACGUUCCUUAAAACGUCAUGUAAGGUCGCACACUGGAGAAAGACCUUAUGUAUGUCCUGUAUGCAAUGAAGCUUACAUAGAUGCCCGUACGUUAAGAAAGCACAUGACUAAAUUUCACCGGGAUUAUGUACCUUGUAAAAUCAUGCUGGAAAAGGACACUCUUCAGUUUCAUAAUCAGGGGACUCAAGUCGAACAUGCCAUCAGUAUUUUAACAUCGGAUGUGCCAGAACAAGAAACAGAGGUCUGUACUGAAGAGAUUGAGACUGUAGUAAUUACUGAAGAAACAGUUGACACUGUUACAGCUACCGAAGAGUGUUCAACAGUUUCUACUCUUUCUGACCAAAGUAUCAUGCAAGUUGUCAAUUAUGUAUUAGCACAACAAGGACAGAAAGUAGCAGAGGUUACAGAAGCUAUUCAAACAGUAGAAGUAGAGGUACAGCAUGUUUCUGAUCAAGACUGAAUACAAAUAUUCAUUAAUGUAGUACCUUUGCAAAACAGCAUGUAAUUAACAAAAUAUUAACUGUCUGGCUGGACUUUUAUAGUAAUUUCAGAAUCCUCUUCUAAGUUUUGCGAAAAAACAUACAUCUGUAAUUAAAAAGUAAAUUCACCGGAUAAGUAAUGGACUUGCCCUAAGACUACUGCACCAGAUGUAAAUGCUUAGUUUAAAAAAAACCUUUAAAAUAAAAUCAUUUAUGUGAUGGUGAUAGUUAUAAUGUAAUUUUUGAUGCAGCUAUUUUUUUUGUUGAGGAUUUAAUAUACCAAAGAUUUGUGCCAAUCAUUUUCAGAUUGUAGCUAUAUAAAGUUCAAGGAAGGAUAUGAUCUACAAAAAUUAUGAAUGUUAUUAAUGGAGAUAAAUAUUGUGGUAUAAUAUAUUUAUUUAGUCAAAAUAUCUGUAUAAUUUCCUUUAAGUACAAAAAAUAGGAUGACAUAAACUUCCUUACAGAACAAAUUUUUCCAUAAGAACUAUUUCAGGUCAGGCUGCAUUAAACCAUCGGCAGUUAUGGGAGAGAAACUGGGCAACAUCAGCCAAGCAUGAAAACAUCUUGCAUUUCCUGUUUUGCUUUACCUAUUUCUGAAAAAUACUUCCAAGAUUACAUGUUUUGAGAUUAGCUAAAGUAUUUGUAUAUAUCAUGUAUAAACUGAUAAAAAUUGGUUCAGUUUAGGAUGAACUAAAUACAAAUGCUGUAAUAUAAGAAAAACUGGAUUGCUUAAAUUUAUUACUGUUCACAGUGAAGGUUCUAAAGUUUUAGCUUUCGUACUGUCCUGAUAUUUAUAUAAUAUUGUUUUAAAAUUUAAGUAAUUAUGUGGAUUAAAGUUUGUGAAAAGCAAAUCAAAUAUUACCUAUUAUAAUGAAUACACAAUUUUGCAAAGUAAUAACAGCAAACAGUAGUAUUGUAUACAAUAUGUAAUGUUUUUAAUAAGUCAGCCCCACUUGCCAAUAAAAUAGCUUCAUGAGCAAAAAAAGGGAUAUGGGCAAGUCCAUGUACUCCAUAUACACUUAAAAAUCUGUACAGGUAAUCCUCAAUUUACAACAGCUCAUUUAGUGACCGUUCUGGUAAGGCACAGGUUAAGUAGAGUCUAUUUAUUGCUCGCUCAUCACAGCAUUAAAAGGCCCACCAAUGGUGCCUGUGAACCUCCACCCCAGCCCUCAGUUUUCCCUCAGUCUGAAUUCCUCUGUUCCACAAACUAAGUCUUAGCUGACCCACACGGCAAAGAGAGAAGUAACAGUACCCACAAGUACCAAAUCUGCCACACAAGUCCAGAGUGCCCAAAAAUCAAAGUACGGUCCAAAAGUUCGAAGUCAGAGAGCCAAUUCCAAAGUCCGCGAGUGAAGCCCAAAGUUCAGAGGCAAGAGACGAUCCAAGGCAGCAUUCACAAAAGCCAGGAAGGUGCACAUAAAAGCAAACAGGUGUUCCUGACAAACAUACCUUCAUCCAGCAUCUGGUUUGGUUCAAUCAUCCUUUCCCAGAUGUUCCUUGGUAAGCGGGGUGGAGCUGCUUCCUCACAAUCAGCCUCACCAGCCUCCUCUGUGCCUCCCUCCGCUCUAUUCUUCUCACAGUGGGGAAGGCAGCUGUUCCUCAUCAGAGGUGGUCUGGAGCCUGUUAUCUGCGCGGGCCCUCUGCAGCUGCUCCACUCCUGUAGACGGUUCUCCAGUUGGCCGUCACCACCCACUACCAGACAAUCCUGGGACUGCCUCAUCCUCAGCCCCUGGCUUUUCCACUCAUUUUGAGGGGACUGUCCCCUCCCUGUUGAACAGCCUGGUGCCAACUCCUCUCCGAACCAGGAUUCAAUAAAGCCAUGACAACCCCCAUGGUCACAUGAUCAAAAUUCAGAUGUUUGACAAUUGACUCAUACUUACGAUGGUCAGUGUC